AAAACAAUAGGUGGCGACACACACAGAUGGUUGCUUUCUUUAUGGCUAUCAUAGUUUUGUUGUUACCCUGACGUAUCUACUAGGUGAUGUGAAAGGUAUCCAAUAUUCCAGGAAUUCGAGCAAUUUAUAUAUACGUGCAUGAUUUGUCCGUCGUUUCCCCAUCAGCAUAAAAUAUGGCAGACGACUCCCUUUUCGAAUUCCUCCACAUGGAAAUUGUGUCCCACAUUUACAAGGAACAGGAGUCACGUGGAGAUCACGAGAAGGAGAGGGGCACCUGUGUAUCCAUCUUAGAGUGUAUGGGCUUCCGCGUUGGCCAAGGUCUUAUUGAGAGGAUCACCAAGGACUCCCCCAGCUUCAAAGAUGAACUGGACGUCAUGAAGUUCCUUUGCAAAGACUUCUGGAUUAAUAUCUUCAAGAAGCAAAUCGACAACCUCAGAACAAACCACCAGGGCACAUAUGUGCUGCAAGAUAACCGCUUUGCACUCAUUACUCAAAUCUCCAGCGGGAAACAGUACCUGGAGGAUGCCCCUAAGUACCUGGCCUUCUCCUGUGGUCUGCUGCGGGGCGCUCUCUCCAACCUGGGACUCGAGAGUGUAGUGACUGCUGAGGUGUCCCUCAUGCCUGCUUGUAAAUUCCAGGUGGUGAUUCAGAAGCUCUAGAUGUCUACCAGGAGUCUACUCCAUCUCCACUCCUUAUGAUUCCUGCUCUGCUCUUCCACACGAAUGUCUACAUCCUUGUCCUGAAUGUUUACACACCAAGGUAGUUUACAGGUGACAAGAAGGGUCUAUUAGGAAGCUGGUUCAGGAGUAAACCAGGUUAAGUUAAGAGGUAAAUCAUCUAAUAGAAGAGCCUGGAGUCUUCAGGACUUCUAUUAGCUGAUUUACCAUGUAACUUUACCAGGUUUACCAAGUUUCUUAGUACAGGCCUAAGGUGUUUAUUUAUUUGUUCAUUUGUUUACGAGGAGGAGGUCACAGUGGUUGCCUCUGUAGAAAAUUAUGUUUAACAAGAACAAGAAAAAAAGAAAUGAUAAUAAGAAGAAACGGUAGAAAAACAAAAGGGUCCUACGCACUUUCUGUGCUCGGGCCCUAAAAAUAAAAUAAAAACAGUGUCAUGAUUGCCAAUAUUUUGUAGAAUUGUGAGGUACAGACAAAAAUGAACAUUUCUUUGUGCAUGUGCAGAAAGAAAUCUUUUGAAGCCAUCUUGAAAUCUUGCGUAAUCACCAUUGCUUGUCAAAAAAAAUGUGUUGGUGAGAUGACGUGCUAAAAUCUAUUUGAUGUAACAAAGAUGUAAUCUAUUUAUUUAUUUGUUAAGACAUUCCCCUCUACCUCUGUUUUUAUUUAAGAGUUAAGUUUUGAUGAUUUUUUUUGGAACACGUAGUUGGAACAGAUGAUUUCAACUGUGUUGGUAGGUAGAUGUAAAAGCCGAUGGCAAACACCAAAACACGUUCUUAGUUCAAAAUGAAGCAAUUCCAUAUCUGACCAGCAGGGGUCAGCCUAUGUAAGUGUCAUCUUCUCUGUCUUGCUCACCACUAGUGUGUCCACACUGUAGAAUAGCAUGGUAGGGUGUUCUGUACAGGCAUCCAUCCAAUAGGCAGAGGUCUCAGAAGUAAAAGUAAAGUCAUGGUGUAAGUACAACACUAGCAGGUGAUACUACAUUGCUGUUACACCAGUUAUUCCUUCGUACCUAAUGAGGUAGAUUGACUGUGAUUUUACUGAAAAACACUGAAAACGUAACUAGAACCCACCACAAACGUCAUCCAAAUUUGAGUCAGCUGAUCGUGAGACAAGUAUACAGGUCUACUGGUUACUCAGAUAAAAGUUGUCUCUUUUGGAAGGAAACUUUGUGUUUCUUUUUUUUAGUUUCACUUUUACUUUUACUUUUGACAUCUCAGCCAGUAGGCACUUGUCUAUCUUCCCGCUCUGCCUGAGCCUCAGUAGAGACACGCUUUAGUUUAGGUAGUCUAUGAACAUACAGUAAGCGCUGCGUGUCUGUUAUUGUGAAACUUUGGAUUCGCCAGGUCUACAGUAGUCUAGACACAGCACGUCUAAGCGUGUUUUUAGAGUUUCACAGUGAAAAAAGUGUCACACACUUAAGGUGCUUUUCUAGGUAUACGAUACGGUGGUGGCUUGUUUGUAGACUCUUAAAACAGAGAAAAUAGAAUGCCAACAUGUGAAAACAACAGUCAUAAUAAAGUAACGACUAGUAAUAAUUCUUAAGUCCCAGCACCUGUGAAACUUGAAUGCAUGUGUCUGCUCACCCUUAGUGUAGAGUAGAGUAGAGUAGAGUAGAGUAGAGUAGAGUAGAGUAGAAUAGUGUAGAGUACAGUAGGGUACAUUGCAGAGUAGUGUGGCGUGGUGUGGUGCUUAGUAGAAUAGUGUAGUGGUUGUAGUUUUUUUAGUGGUUGUAGUUCUUCAGUGCCAAAGGA